AUGGGUGUGGAGCCUCCCAACUUCUCGUGGGUGCUCCCAGGCCGGCUGGCUGGGCUGGCGCUGCCGCGGCUCCCUGCCCACUACCAGUUCCUUUGGGAUCUGGGGGUGAGGCACCUAGUGUCCCUGACGCAGCGCGGGCCCCCUCACACCGACAGCUGCCCAGACCUCAUCCUGCACCGACUGCGCAUUCCAGACUUCUGCCCACCGGCCCCCGACCAAAUCGACCGCUUCGUGCAGAUUGUGGACGAGGCCAAUGCCCGGGGAGAGGCAGUGGCAGUGCACUGUGCCCUGGGCUUUGGCCGCACUGGCACCAUGCUGGCCUGUUACCUCGUGAAGGAACGUGGCUUGGCUGCAGGAGACGCCAUCGCUGAAAUACGGCGCCUUCGACCCGGCUCCAUCGAGACCCAUGAGCAAGAGAAAGCCGUUUUCCAGUUCUACCAACGAACCAAAUAA